CACUAACUCAAUGGUUAAUGCACUCUGUGUGUGUACUGUGUGUGUUGGUCGUUCCUUCUAUGAGAUUUUUCGUUGCCCAUUUGUUUUAUCUGUGUGAGCCGCCGACAUUCAACCGAGUUUUUACACAUUUUGUUGCACCAGACGGGACUUUAAAUUGAGAACAAAUAAACUGCAACAUGGAGACCAGUACUAUGAGUGAGGAUUCAAUAUCAGAUUUACCAGAAGGAACGACGAUAUUGUUGCGGUCCGUCUCCAAGAACAAAGAGCCAUCGCCCAACUAUGAGGGGGAGAAGACGACCUGUCUCCAAUAUUUUGACCUGUGGAAGGAAAACGAGCAACUGGAGUUUGUGGAGCACCUCAUCGCUCACAUGUGUCACUACCAGCACGGGCAACUCAACUCAUUUCUCAAGCCAAUGCUACAGAGAGAUUUCAUCUCAGCCUUACCGAAAAAGGGGCUCGACCACAUCGGCGAUAAAAUUCUCUCCUACUUGGACGCAAAGUCGCUGUGCGCUGCCGAGCUCGUAUGCAAGGAGUGGAAGAGAGUCAUCUCAGACGGUAUGCUUUGGAAGAAGCUGAUCGAGCACAAAGUCCGAACCGAUGAACUAUGGCGAGGGUUGGCAGACAGACGGGGCUGGGGGCAAUAUUUGUUCAAGCCUAAACCAGGAGAGACGCCACAAUCUGAUAUUUAUUUUAGAAAGCUUUAUCCAGGAAUUAUUCAAGACAUAGAGAAUAUAGAAAACAACUGGAGAUGUGGGCAGCACGAGCUUUCCAAAAUCCAGUGUCACAGCGAGAACUCAAAAGGUGUCUAUUGCCUGCAGUACGACGACCAGAAGAUCGUCAGUGGUCUACGCGAUAACACAAUCAAGAUUUGGGAUCGCCAAACAUUGCAAUGUGUGCAGGUUCUCACCGGUCAUACAGGCUCCGUGCUAUGUCUACAAUACGACGAUAAAGUCAUUAUCACUGGUUCCAGUGACUCAACAGUCAGAGUAUGGGAUGUAAACAAUGGGCAGAUGUUGAACACAUUGAUCCAUCACUGUGAAGCCGUCUUACAUCUUAGGUUCAGUAAUGGCCUCAUGGUCACAUGUUCAAAGGACCGGUCAAUUGCUGUAUGGGACAUGCGGUCAGCCACAGAAAUCAACUUAAGGAGAGUUCUUGUCGGUCACCGGGCAGCGGUUAACGUAGUGGACUUUGAUGAUAAGUAUAUUGUAUCUGCGUCAGGAGAUAGAACCAUUAAGGUAUGGAACACAUCAACGUGUGAAUUUGUUCGGACAUUGAACGGCCACAGACGAGGUAUUGCUUGCCUACAAUACAGAGAUAGAUUGGUGGUCAGUGGUUCAUCAGAUAACACAAUCAGGUUAUGGGACAUCGAAUGCGGUGCAUGUUUAAGAGUCUUAGAAGGUCAUGAAGAACUAGUGCGAUGCAUUCGCUUUGACAACAAGCGCAUUGUCAGCGGAGCUUAUGACGGUAAAAUCAAAGUAUGGGAUCUCCAAGCCGCACUGGACCCACGAGCCACUUCCGGAACUCUCUGUCUGCGGACAUUAGUGGAGCACACUGGCCGUGUAUUCAGACUACAAUUUGAUGAGUUCCAAAUAGUCAGCAGUUCCCACGACGACACCAUUCUCAUCUGGGAUUUCCUCGACGUUCCGCCCACCGACAACCCACCACUCUCCAGCAGUGGUAAAUCCCCUUCCCGAUCAUAUACCUACGUCACGCGGUAGGGGCGUCACCGACCUCGCCCUUAGCGUAGUUUAAAAUGUAUACAAAGGGAGAUUUUUGGCAAGGUAUUCUGGAAUUUUUACAUGAUUGCAGUUUAAUAUUACGAAACUCAAGAAGAUGUUUUUGUACGUAUAGCUCAAUCGGUGUACCGUAUAGUCGUUUACUUCCUUUAUUUGGUUCCAUUUUUGGUUGCGAUAUAUACAUGAUAAUGACAAGUUUAAUUUGUCAGUCCUGCUUGUGAGUUUCUCCCAAGGAACAUGUAAGAUAUCGGCAACUUGACAGAAAUCACAAGAGGGCGCUCUUUACGCAGACUUUAACGUGUAAUAUAAAUGUGUGAAUAUCUGUAUCAUAAUCUAAUUCUGUUAUGGAUGUAUGAUAAGUCUCGGGGCCUUGUUCGACAACCAAUCAGCAUACCUUUUUGCAAAUACCCAUUGUGCAUGAGGUGUGUCCUGGUCUUGCUAGCGAGCAAACUUGAUCGCUAGCUGCACCUCAUUCAACGCCUAAUGUGCGCGUACCGAGUAUUUGCGAUAAGGUUUAUGGGCAGGAGCGGAGGUGAAGAGCGCCCUCUAUGUGUGUGAUCUAUGUGCAUACCGGUACUCGGUCGUAACAACUCAUUUAAAAGGGUGAACAUUCCAGCGAUACUCAGGGUGUGAUGCUCCGGGCUACUCAAAUCUCGUCUGAGGACUCGAAUCUGGUGAGCAGAGAGAAGACCAGGCCUGUAUGCUUUGUUUUUGAAAGGACAAUGGCACCAAGGCAUUUUCUCAUUGGUAAAGGGCACCCUUUGAGGAAAUCGUACAAUUCUAUCGGAGCAUUUCAAGGUCGCCAAGGCAAUGACCAGGGGGCAUGGAGGCAAUUGCCAAUGUUGCCUCCGUGCAGUAUCAGGCCUAGAAGACGCGUUGCCCAGCCAGAAUGCCCGGCGUCAAUGUACACUAUUUGUGGCAGAAGUUUCUGCUCUACAAAGAAAGAAAUUGAAUUUGUUUGCGUUUUUUUUUUGUAAGCACCUCUGUAAAAAAUGCCCCAUGGUUCUAGACAUGAUUAUCAUCAUUCACAAGUAUUGUAAAAGGAAGGGGCCCGUUUCUAAAUACAUGUAAUUGCAUUUUAAGCCACACAUCCUGAAAGAAGCAUGUUAAUCAUGAAAACAGACAUUUUCACGAAGAGCAUAUCUGUGACUAAUAACUAGUGGCAAUUACUAUACUCAACAUUUCAAAAGAAACUACAGGUAUCACACAGUUUUUGUAAACAAUUGUCACAAUUGUAGAUAUGUAAAAACAAAAAAACACAACAACAUUUGUGAUCUAAAAAUGCAGACUUACCUCCUUGUUCUUUGAACAAGCUGCACUACCUUUAGAUGAAAUAUAGUCUCCAGUGUUUGGUUUGAGGUUAUUAAAAAAAAAAAAUUGCAAUGAAAACAUUCUACUUGGCCAAGUGCAAGACUGCGUCAGGGCAUUCUACUUGGCCAAGUGCAAGACUGCGUCAGGGCAGAAAACUCAUGAAGUCAAAGAAAAAAAAGUUUUUGAAUGAACUGAAAUUUUUAGCAAAUUUGCUUUGAAAUUGAAGUAGACGAAUGCUUUUACCAUAUUUUUUAAUUUCACUGUCCCUUUUGAUGUGUCGUCUUUUGAUGUAAUGAAGGGGAAAAUGUGUAAGGCUAUAAUGCAAGACAUCCUGUUAUUGUAAUUUUAAAUAUGCAAGUUAUAAUCAACAAUAUUUUUUGUCUUGCCCAGUGAUGUCACUUCUGUAUUCCAUUGUCUAACCUUCAAUUGUCUGCAAAGUAACACACUCUUCAUGACUUGAUAUUUCCUCUCCUUAAAGGCACUGGACACUAUUGGUAAUACUCAAACAAAUUGUUAGCAUAAAAACUUACUUGGUAAAGAGU